AUGCCGCCUCCCACUUCCGUUGACUCAUGGCUCACAGCUCGUCGGUUUGGCAUAGUCAUUGACGCGGGCUCGUCAGGCUCAAGGCUCCAGAUCUACAGCUGGAAGGACCCCCGGGUUGCCAGUUCAGAAAAUGCACCCAGGUCACUGCCGAGGGUGGAAAAGGGAACGAGAGAGGGGGAAGAGUGGUCUAAGAAGGUCGAACCUGGCAUAUCAUCCUUCGGGGAGAAUCCGCACGAUAUUCGAACAUAUCUCGCCCCGCUGCUAGACCACGCUCGCAGUCACAUUCCUCCUUCCCUGGAGUCCGACACACCUCUGUUCCUUCUUGCUACCGCGGGUAUGCGCUUGCUCUCUCCAGCACAGCAAAGCGCGGUUCUCGAGGCAACAUGCCGGUACUUCAGGGAUCAUUCAAAUUUCCGACUGGACGACCCUUCGUCUGCUGGGCCUUGCGGGUCAAGCGUGCGCAUAAUCUCGGGUGAGGAAGAAGGCCUGUUUGGCUGGAUUGCGGUCAACUAUCUCAUGGACGGAUUCGCCGGUUCUGGAGAGGACCGUCUCACCUACGGCUUCCUAGACAUGGGUGGUGCCUCCACUCAAAUAGCUUUCGAGCCUGGCAUGGAAGAGCGGCGGAAGGCACAAAAUCUCGUGGGCGUCAGGCUGCGUCUGCUUGACGGCCAUGAGGUACACCAUGAAGUGUUUGUAACGACGUGGUUGGGCUACGGUACAAAUCAAGCGCGCGAACGAUACGUAGGCUCAGCCAUCAACGACUACGAAUCCCAUCGUGCACCUUCUUCCCCUUCCUCCGAGGAGCUUGUCCCAGACCCAUGUCUCCCGAAGGACCUUAGACUUGUUGAAGCACCUGUACAACCCGACUCCGCCAGUCACCACGCAAAGUCACCUCAUACGCUUUUAGGCACAGGCUCUUUUGAGCAAUGCUUGCAGAAGACCUUGCCAUUGCUGAACAAAGAUGCUCCAUGUCCUGACGCGCAUUGUCUGUUCAACGGCGUAUAUGUGCCUCCUAUAGACUUUUCCGCCUCACAUUUCAUUGGCGUUUCUGAGUACUGGUACUCAUCUGAACACGUGUUUGGCCUGGGUGGGUCAUAUGAUGUCGUUCAAUACGAGCGUGCUGCCUCGGAGUUCUGCUCGAGAGAGUGGUCAAAUAUCCUCAGGCAGCACGAACUGUCUCGCCAGCAAGGGCGUCUCGGCGGAGACGAGAUUACAGUCGGCGGUGAAGAGGCAGGUAACGUGUGGGACGAUAAUGUGGGGAUAUCACGGCUGCAAAUGCAAUGUUUCAAGGCGGCUUGGGUUGUCAACGUUCUGCACGAAGGUAUUGGGAUGCCUCGCAUUGUUGACCCUGGCGGCAACAGCACUGUAGACGGUGACAAGGUCGCGCAACAAGCAGAGAACAAGGGUCUUGGUCGGCCCAUGUUCCAGUCCAUGGACAGCGUUGGUGACAUUGCGAUCAGCUGGACGCUAGGCAAGAUGGUGCUGGAAGCAAGCAAAGACGUCCCGCCUCUAUCUUCCACAGACCGGCCACUUUCAGAUCCGCUGGACAGAGUGCCAGACAAUUCUGCCCCUCCAGGAGGCCCUGCACGACCACCAUUGCUCGAUUUUGAAGCCAUAGAGGAUCGCAUAGCAGACCAUCUGCCUUCAUCCUUCACCCGACAGUCGCUGGGCUUCUCUCCUGUUGCAUUCCUAUUCUACGGUGUCAUCGCCCUCAUUUUGUCAGCGGCGACGUACCGCCUAAGAUAUCGCAUCAGGAGUACAUUGCGACGAUCAUACAAAAAGGAGCGCGCAUUCACGAAGGAGAGCUAUUCAAUGGAGGAGGGUCAGGCACUGAACGGCGGCGCCCACUCACCAUCUCCUUGGCGCAGCACACCCUCACGCCUAUCGCUAUCGAUCUUCCACCCGUUCAAAAAGCUCUUGUCAUUUACGGUCCGAACACCGUCCAUUACUGUCAAAACCUAUGAUUCGUCAACUCGGAAUAGUCCCCAUUCUCCUGUCCGUGUACAACCCCUCCAUUCUUUCACAUUCCCUGGUCCGAAGCCGCAGUACACGCCCCAACUAUCCCCGUUGGAUCCUGUUAAUGGCGCGGGAACAGCGUUUGUCGUGCCUGGAUCUCCUCGCCUGUCCGACGGGAACAUGGUGUCUAACGGCAGCCUCUCU